AUGCCGUCCUUUUUCAGCCAACUGACUGCCGGCAUCGUUGCCACGGCCGCGGUUGCAAGUGCUUCUACCUGCGACAUCUACGCCUCAGGCGGAACACCCUGCGUAGCCGCCCACUCCACUACGCGCGCCCUCUUCUCAUCCUACAAUGGUAACCUCUACCAAGUGAAGCGCUCCAGCGAUGGCAAAACUGCCAACAUCGGCCCUAAGUCCGCAGGUGGCGUCGCCAACGGCGCCGCGCAGGACUCCUUCUGCAGCGGCACGACCUGCCUCAUCACUAUCAUCUACGACCAAACCAGCAACGCCAACCACCUCACCCAAGCCCCCCCUGGGGGCGCAGGCGCGGGACCUGGUGCGGGAGGCUACGACAACCUCUCCAAUGCCGCGCAGGCGCCUACUACCCUCGGUGGACAAAAGGCGUACGGCGUGUACAUUGCGCCUGGAGGCGGAUACCGCAACAACAACGCCAAGGGCACGGCAAAGGGGGAUGCCGCCCAGGGCUUGUACGCGGUUCUGGACGGAACUCAUUACAAUGGGGGGUGCUGCUUCGACUAUGGCAACGCUGAGACGAGCAGUGACGACACCGGUGCGGGUCACAUGGAAGCAAUCUACUUCGGCAACAUCCGUGUCUGGGGCUCCGGAAGCGGCACUGGUCCCUGGAUCAUGGCCGAUCUGGAGAACGGCCUGUUCUCGGGGUACAACCCCAAGCAGAACGCCGCGGACCCGACCAUCAACUAUCGCUACGUGACUGCUAUGCUCAAGGGCGGAGCAAACAAGUGGGCCAUCAAGGGUGGCAACGCCGCCGGUGGUGCUGUGAGUCAAUUCUACAGUGGCCAGCGACCUGCUGGGUACAACCCGAUGAAGAAGGAGGGCGCCAUUAUCCUCGGCAUCGGCGGCGAUAACUCGCAUGGUGCUCAGGGUACCUUCUAUGAGGGUGUCAUGACGAGCGGAUACCCGAGCGAUGCUACCGAGAGUGCUGUGCAGGCUAACAUCGUUGCGGCAAAGUACGGUGCUUGAGCAUACUGGGCUUCGUGGAGUCAGUGCGGCUCGGUACUUUGAAGGACUGGAUUAGUGCCUUUGGCAGUGUUGAAUGUUUGGACACGGCCAGAUUCGUUGCUUGCGUGUGGGCCGACGCCCUAGCCAGGUCAUCAUGUGGCCUAGACUUCGUCCUGUACCAUUCUUUCGGGAUUUCUUACAACUAUAGCAGAAGGUCAAUUGAGUAACUUAGGGCCUGCCAGGCCGCUUACCAUUUUAGGAUUUCAGUGGUAUUCAGAUUUGUCUGCAACUCCCACAGUCGAGCAUAUAGCGAAAUCACUGGUCUUAUGCGG